AUCUCCAAAUCUUCCUAUCCGCGCCUCUGGCCCCAAUCCCCUCUUCUCUGCUACUGCUGCCGCCCACAAGUAUCUCAAAUACUGUUCUCCAAGCUCUCCGUUAAGUGCUGCACCCCAAAGACGUCAUAGAUUCCUGGGGGGAAACCACCUCGCCGUGAUUUACCGUGGAUUUCGAAUUCCCUCAAAUCUAAACGUUUGAAAGAUGCGAUCUAUACUCUCCGCCUCGAGGGCAAUUGCUCGCCAACCAACCUGCACAAGUAGAUUCCAGAGGAACACAUUACCCACAAUCGCCACAAGAGGGUACGCCAUGAGCCGUCCUGCACCCAAACUCAAUGACCCCUCCUUACUAAAGGAUAAGACGUACGUCAACGGCGAAUGGAUUGGCGCAAAGUCGGGCAAGACCUUCGAAGUCCAUGAUCCAGCAACAGGCGAAGUAAUCGGCACGAUGCCCGAGUUCGACCGCGCCGACACCGAAGCAGCCAUCGCCGCCGCGCAAGCAGCACUCCCAUCGUUCCGCAAGACCACGGGACGCGAGAGGUCGCGCCUCCUCCGGAAAUGGUACCAACUGAUGAUGGACAACGCGGACGACCUGGCCAAGCUCAUCACCUGGGAGAACGGCAAGCCGCUGGCCGACGCGAACGGCGAGGUAACAUACGCGGCCAACUUCUUCGAAUGGUUCGCCGAGGAGGCGCCCCGACUGAACGGCGCCACGAUCCCCUCCAGCGUGCCCGGGAACAGGAUCUUCACUAUCAAGGAGCCCGUCGGCGUGGUCGGGCUCAUCACCCCGUGGAACUUCCCCGCAGCAAUGGUGACCCGCAAGAUCGGACCCGCCCUGGCCGCCGGCUGCACUGUCGUCGCCAAAUCCCCGGGAGAAACGCCCUUCACCGCGGCCGCCCUCGCAGAACUCGCCCACCGCGCCGGCAUACCAAAGGGCGUCAUCAACAUCGUCACAUCCGACAAGAACACGCCCGAGCUCGGCAAGACCAUCACGACCUCCCCCGCGGUCAAGAAGGUCUCGUUCACGGGCUCCACGGGCGUCGGCAAGCUCCUGAUGACGGACUCGUCCAGCACGCUGAAGAAGCUGUCCUUCGAGCUCGGCGGCAACGCCCCUUUCAUCGUCUUCGACGACGCCGACCUCGACGCCGCCGUCGCGGGCGCCGUCGCCUCCAAGUUCCGCUCCUCGGGCCAGACCUGCGUCUGCGCAAACAGGAUAUACGUCCAGUCCGGCCUGUACGACAGGUUCGUCGAGAAGCUCGCCGAGAAGGUCAGGGGCUUCAAGGUCGGCUACGGCACCGACGAGGGCGUCACCCACGGCCCUCUGAUCAGCGAAAAAGCCAUCAAAAAAGUAACCGAGCACGUCUCCGACGCCGUCUCCAAGGGCGCCCAAGUCGUCAUCGGCGGCUCCCCGCUGCGCGACCUGGGCGCCCGCUUCUUCGAGCCCACCGUCAUCCGCGACAUGAAGCCCGGCAUGAAGAUCGCCAGCGAGGAGACGUUCGGCCCCGUGGCCGGCAUCUUCAGGUUCGACACCGAGGCCGAGGUCGUGGCGCUCGCCAACGACACGGACGUCGGGCUCGCGGGAUACUUCUUCAGCAGGGACGUCGAGCGCGUGUACAGGAUCGCAGAGGCGCUUGAGGUCGGCAUGGUGGGCGUCAAUACGGGGCUGAUUUCGGAUCCCGCGGCGCCGUUUGGGGGUGUCAAGGAGAGUGGGUUUGGGAGGGAGGGGAGCGUGAUGGGUAUCGAUGAGUACGUCGUGACGAAGAUGGUGACGUUGGGGAACAACGGACAGCCGCUGCAGGGAUCGUCAUGAGAGAAAGGGAGCUCGAAAAGUGGGAAAGCAUAUUUUGGGCGAAAUGUCAAUGAUUCAGGUUGAUUUGUUACGAUUUUGAAUGCAUAUAAUAUGGAUAUGAAUAAGGGAUGAAAGUUGAAAUGAAAGUCAUUGUAUCGUCACAGCAUACCUUCUGAGCUUCCAAGCUUU